AUGCAGGUAUUAGGACUUACUUGGGGAGAUUGGGAUGAACCUGUUUUUGAUUUGCACCCUGAUAUUAUUCUCGGAGCCGAUGUGCUUUAUGAUUCAGCAAAAUUUGAUGAUCUCUUCGCAAUGGUUACCUUCCUGCUGGAAAAUUCUCCUGGGGCAGUGUUCAUCACCACAUACCACAAUCGCAGUGGUCAUCACUUGAUUGAAUUUUUGAUGGUGAAGUGGGGUUUGAAAUGUUUGAAGCUUCUGGAUGGCUUCUCUUUCCUUCCCUCUUGCAAGGCUGAUUCACUACGGGGAAAUAUUCAGCUCGUGGAGAUUGCACUUGAGAAGGAAAAACCUAAAUGA